AUGACUCCAAGCUUUACCUUGCUGCGGCGAUCCUUAGGAAGACUACCGCAACGGACAUCACCAUUCAUUAGCGCCAAGGGGAACGGAAGAGGCAGGAGGACGCGUAGUCUCCAUACGUCGGCAGUUUCACAACACUCCGGAAUAAAUAGACCAGCACCUGGCACUGGAAUCAAGGUCCAUUUUAAGGACUCUAAGGGGAAUUUACUGAAAACGGUGGAGGCCAACGAAGGUGAUGAUGUCCUGGCCAUAGCCCAUGAGUACGAUAUAGAUCUUGAAGGAGCCUGCGAAGGCUCAGUGGCUUGCUCCACCUGCCAUGUCAUCCUACCACCAGAGUACUAUGAUCUCCUACCCGAACCGGAAGACGACGAGAAUGACAUGCUCGACAUGGCGUUCGGCCUCACGGAUACCAGUCGGUUGGGAUGUCAGGUUAAGCUUACACGAGAGCUUGACGGACUUACCGCGACGUUACCCUCUGCCACGCGGAAUAUGUUUGUCGACGGGAAGAAGGCAUCUCACUGA